GGGGGCACCGUGCGGGUGCAGGCACGAUGGAAGGGGGUGCGUACGGAGCGGGCAAAGCCGGGGGCGCCUUCGACCCCCACACCUUGGUCCGGCAGCCGCACACCAUCCUGCGCGUCGUGUCUUGGGUGUUCUCCAUCGUGGUGUUUGGCUCCAUCGUGAAUGAGGGCUACCUCAACACCCCCUCGGAGGGCGAGGAGUUCUGCAUCUAUAACCGCAACCCCAACGCCUGCAGCUACGGCGUGGCCGUGGGCGUGCUCGCCUUCCUCACCUGCCUGCUCUACCUGGCCCUGGACGUCUACUUCCCGCAGAUCAGCAGCGUGAAGGACCGCAAGAAGGCCGUCCUGUCCGACGUCGGUGUCUCGGCCUUCUGGGCCUUCCUCUGGUUUGUGGGUUUCUGCUACUUGGCCAACCAGUGGCAGGUCUCCAAGCCCAAGGACAAUCCACUUAACGAAGGGACGGACGCAGCCCGGGCUGCCAUCGCCUUCUCCUUCUUCUCCAUCUUCACGUGGAGCCUGAGCGCAGCCCUGGCCGUGCGGAGACUCAAGGACCUUACCUUCCAGGAGGAGUACAGCACACUGUUCCCCACCUCGGCUCAGCCGUAGGCCUCCCGGCCUCCAGAGGCAGGGAGCCCUGUGUCCUGCCCAUGGCGAGGAUAUGGGGGCAGCCUGCUGCCAGGAACGGCCAGGAGCCAGGGCAUCCAGGGCAGUGGAGGGCUGGCCUAAGAGGCCAGUUAAGACCUGCCAGCUAUUCGUUGUCUCUUGUUUAUUCUUCAUGUGUUCAUUCAUUCAGUAAACAUUUAUUGAGCA